ACCGGUGAUUUGAGCUCAAACCAUCUACAGCAUAAGUAAAGACACCAAAAGGUUAUUUCAUUGGAAAGUAAACCAGGAUUUAAAACAAUUCUACAAACCGCCGCUUCUUUGGUAGUGGAUGAUGGCAUCCAUUCGGAGGCUUUAACUUUAGGACAACCCGAAUAUGCCAAUGGCAAUGCUCAAAGAAGACGUCCUGGUAACCGCAAACGUAAACGAAGACCUCAAUCAUCAACAACAGCUGAGGGAGAUGACAGCCCUACAGCCUCUAAUGCAACCCCCUAUUGGCGUGGUCAAGUCGAAGAUGAUAAGGAAGAGAAAACCUCUGCCACCAAAAAACAAGACCCUGAAGGAAAUAUGCGUCCUUCUCUACAGGCUUCUUUCAAAAGACGUAAACAACCCACCAUAAAAGAACCCUUGGCAGCCUUAGAAAAAGAACAGAAACUCUACGAAAUGCGCAAUAAACCGGAAAGCUCUACUGAAGGAAACACUGUAAAUCGUAAUUCGGCCAAUUUAAAGAAUAUUUUAAAAAAUAGUGGUGGCUUAAGUUUGAGUGAGAUACUACAACAGAAAAAUCUUUCUCUCGAUGAUUUGCUUAAAGGUAAACAGAAUGCUUUGCAAGCUUUACAGACAACAGCCAGCUCACCGCAGGAGAAGGUAAAUCAUGCCAAAUAUCCCUCAUUUAAGGCCAACUAUAAGCCGAAUACGAGCAAUAAUAAACAAAGCGAAAGUAGUUCAGAGGAUGUCUAUAAUUCAAAGGAGAAAUCCAAGUUGACCGCUUUGCAUAGACUCAAAUUAUUUGGCAGUUCUUCAAGACCCUCGGGCAUACAAGUGGGUUUAGCUGAUCAUUUGACUACACGCAAGAGGGAAGGUGGCUUAUAUUCCUCAACUACCAGCACAACCACAACCACUACCACGCCAAAACCUUCUACCACCAAAAUACCUUUAUACAAGAAAAUCUUACAUCAAAGACCCACUUUGAAGCCGACAUUUUUGUUAAAGAACACCGCUAUAAUGGCCAGUAACCAACCGCAUAGAGUGGUUAACUCCUGGGAUAGUAAAGAGCAAAUAGAGGAAGAACCAGCUGACAUGAAAGAGCAGGAAGAUGAAAUACAACAAAUGCAGGAAGACGAUUGGAAAGUAGUACCACCAAGUAUGCAGAUAUUUAGCACUAAACCGCCAGAAUCUACAGAAACAACUACCUGGAAAUGGGAAACAACUAUGGCUCCCACUACUACUACCAGCACCACCAGUUCCACUACCACAACUUCAGCAAAACCUAUAACAGAGAAAGCCACCAACCGAGAUUUAACCACCUCUACCAGAAGAAUGUAUACCAGCACCAGAGGUUCAGGAAGGACCACUUUUCGUUACACAACUUCGACCACUACACCAGCUACGACAAGCACCAGCACCACCUCAACAACAACUACAACCACCACCACUACAACAACACCUUUACCUAUGACAACAACCAGCACAACCUCGACAACAACCGCCAGCAGCAGCACCAUGAAUUUAACACCCAAAGCUAAUCUUAAUCUCAAUACUGAAGAUCUACGUGAACGUAUACAAGAAACACUGCUAAAAAAUCUCAUAGAAAAAGAAGAUUCGUUUAAGAAAUCCUCUUCAGGCGAGGAAAACGAUCAUGAGGAAAACGAUGAUGAUGAAGAUGAUUUGGAAAAUUUCUUUGAGGAAACUAUUAAACCCAAAACAACAAAAUAUUUUGAGACAUCCACCAUUACUACAAGAAUGAAACAGUAUACGCCUUCCUUAUACUCCCACACUAGUUCAACUGCCCCUCCAACACCUUCCACAACACCCACAGCUAAUCCCAACAUUAUACCCGAUUUUGAUAAUGUAGACGAUCGUACUGAUCUUUUGGAGCUAAUAGAAGAUCGUCGUUCGGGCAAUAGAUUAUUUAAGGUUUUGGAACAACGUAAUAUGACUUUAGAGGAAUUAAUAGAACAUCGUAAACGUGGCUCUAGCCAACUACAUUUAGCUACCAUAGUUGAGACACCCUCACGUUUUUAUCCCGACAAAAAGGUUGUUCUACAAGAUAACAUGGAUAUUGUUACGGCCUUUGAAAAUUUUCCCCACUUUAAUUUGCUCAACUUGAAAAGUGUUAAACCGGAUGAUAUUAAAACCGAUUCGCAGGGUUCCAGUUAUUUUACCUCCAUCAUUGAUAUAGAGCCCACCGAUGAGGUGUAUAGGAAACGCAAUGGUGGCCACGGAGGAAUAAUAGGAGAGCUGGAUAAAGCUUCUCUACUGCCAGAUCGUUCAGAAAAGUCUUUAGGUUUCUUCCCCUCUUGGAAAACUUUAGCGUUAGCCUCUUUAGGCAACAGUAAUAAAAAUAAUAAAGAUGCUGACAAUAAGCGUAACGCCAACAGAAACCCCUACUAUUUGCAGCAACCAAAAAUGCUACUCGAAAACAAUUCUAAUAAUGACGAAAAUGAGGCAGAUGACGAUGAAGAUUUAUAUGAUAUAAAAGAAAAUGAACUUACUCUUAUGGCUCAUGAUGAGGAAGACAAUGAAGACGAUUAUCAGGCACAAAAUCCCAUACAAGCGGCAGUACGCUUGCCCGAACAAACAGCAGAAGCUAUAGAAAAUGAAGUGGCCAGAGCCCAUGAUUUAGUUGAUCUUGAAUUAUCGGGUCAUGGUUUUAAAAGAAGACCACAAGCACCUGGGGCUUUAGCUCACAGUCAUAGACAUGGUAGUUUUUAUACCAAUAUGCCACCGGGCAUUAAGUCCGCCAUAGUGGCUAGUGCCACUAUAGUCUUAACAGCUUUGGUAACUUUUAUGGUAAUAUUUGCCGUUUGCAAAUGGAAACAACGUAGACAUCGUAUGUCGAAUAUUAUGAAAUCUUAUAAUGCCAUGAAAAGUAAAUUACCCACUAUAGCUACAACAGCAACGGGUGCUGCAGUGGCAAGUACUAAUAGCAGCACAAAUCCCAAUUCCAGACGUUCUUCAUUAAGAGAAAUGCAAGAUUUAUUAGGGGGUAGUGGUUUAUCGGUAGCAGCCACCAUAACCACCACCUCCAGCGGAGUGCCAAAUACACCCAUACAUCAUCAGCAUCACAAUUUAACACCCUCACCACAACUUACAAACUCCUCCCAAGCAACAACAAUGUUGGCCGGUAAUUGCAGUAAAAACAUCAACAACUUUUACAACCACCAAACUAACAACAGCAAUAGCAAUAACAACUCUAGUAAUAACAGCAACAGCAGCUGUGGCCUGAGGCCAUUACAACGACAAAGUUCAUUAUUAUUUCAGCGUUCAUUUAACCAAAACCACACUAACUCAUCACAUAACCAACUCAGUAACAGUAACAACGAUAAACCCACAAAUCUGUCCAUUUUAAGUGGCUGUAAUUUGUUGGAUCUUAAACGUAACAAUAAGAUGAACGGCUCUACCACCUCAUUAAGUUUUUCGCUGACGAGUGGUCAUAAUAUUUCCAACUCCCACAUAAACACCAUGGAUGCCAAUUCACCCGAAGUGCAAGAAUAUUUAUUUGAUACUUUAAGAAAUUCAUAUUAAAAUGAUUUAAAGUUUUUUUUUAAACGAAUGUGAUGAGGAAAUAAAGAGAAUUGUUUUCUGUGGUAUUUUUCUUAAUUAAAAAAACACAAACUUUAGCAAAUUAAAUUAAGAGAAAGCAAAAGGAUAAAAGAGAAACAGUCGAUAAGGCGAAUGCUUAAAAUAAUCUAAAAUAACAUCAUGAUAAGCAAAAAGUGUAC